AAAAGAAUAAUAAGUGUGCAAUAAGGGAGGAAUUAAAUUAGAGAGGUCGGAUUUAAACAUAAGAUUCACUGACGUCUGGGAGCGAGAGCGUAUGCAAGUUUAAACAAGGAAGCCGAUACCAGUAGGUCUGUGUGCGUGUGUGUGUUUCGAAAUCCGAGAAUGUCGUUGGGCUAGGGCUUCGAUGAGAGUCACUACUCCCCCAUUCGCCCUUCAAUUUGCUGAAUCGCGAACUAGUUCCUUUCUUGAACUAGGCAUUCGAUGUCCAUAAAUUCUGUUGAUGACUGAACAUGUGGAUCCUCUGGAUGGUGUACUAGGAUUCAACUGGAGACCCACAGUAAUUGGUGGAGUACUUAAUUAUUUGAGGCGUUUUUCAUGCGCAAUUAGCUCAGCUUUUGGCGGCUCGUCUCAGUUGAUAAUUGCACCCAAUAAUCAUUCUUUUGUUGCGAUGGCUUCAGCCAAUCAGCCCGAUCCUAUAGAUAUCAGUUCUUCAGACAGUGAGGAUUCAGAUUUAUGGGAAAUACUAGACAAUUAUAGAGAUGAAUCUCCAGUUAGGGAUACCGCCAUUUCUAUCAAUGAUGGGAUCCCUCCAUCUCAGGCAUCCUCAUCUCGUCCUAAGUCCACAGGUCACAAUGUUUUUUCUCGUGAAGAUCCUUCAUCUUCUAAGAGGCAAAAUGUUCAGUAUGAGUCUCUAGUGGGGGACAUCAUCUCUUCUAGCAGUUUCAGGAAACUUCCACUUACUUGGGCGCCUAAUUCAACAGGUAACAAUGGUCCUUCUCUUAAAGAUCCUUCUUCUUCUAAGAGGCGAACGGUUCCUGAUGAAAUCCAAUCAAGACCACAAAAGCGUUUGAGUAUUGCAGAGACCGCUGGAUCUUCAACAUCAAGGAUAAAUAAUAAUAAUCAUCCUAUGAAGAGAGUCCUUCCCGGUUUUCAGUCUUCUACCUCUAACCCACGAUUCCACAAUCUAAUAGAAAAUGUGGGUGCUAGUGAAAUUCGUGAAACAUAUGGAAAUUCAGCAUGGUCAAAUCCUUCUAAUGGAAGUAGAGUAUUACCCCAGACAAUUAUGGCUGGAAAACAUUCUUCAACCACCCCAUUGGUUGGUUUAAAUGAUUCUUUCUAUCAAACUGGGGCAGGUGAAGAGAGGCCUGCUGGACCUGAUGAGAGAUUAGUUUAUCAAGCAGCUGUGCAGGGUCUUCAACAACAUAAAAGAGAAGUUAAUUUGCCUGAUGGACUCUUAUCAGUUUCUCUUCUUAGGCACCAGAAAAUUGCUUUGGCAUGGAUGCUUCGUCAGGAAUCAUCUGGUUUAUGCAUAGGGGGAAUCUUGGCUGAUGACCAGGGCCUGGGCAAGACUAUUUCAACAACUGCACUCAUCCUAAUGCAAAAGAUGUUGGAGGCCAAAUCUAAAGCUAAGGAGUCAUCUACUCUCAAAACUGAAGCCUUUAACUUGGAUGAUGAUGAUAGAGUUAGUGGUUGUGUUGCUCUUGAUGGUGCAAACCAGAUUGAAGUAUCUGAUGGUUUAGCAAUACUUCCACAAGCGAGUAAUUCAAUAAUCCGCAAAAGUAGGCCAAAAGCAGGGACAUUGAUUGUUUGUCCAGCCAGCGUGGUCCGACAAUGGGAUCGGGAGCUAGAUGAGAAAGUCACAAAAGAAGCUAAACUUCGUGUUCUAGUAUAUCAUGGAGGCAAUAGGACCAAGAAUCCUGAUGCAUUGGCAAAAUAUGAUGUUGUUUUAACAACAUAUGCUAUUGUAUCAAAUGAACUUCCAAAACAACCUAUGGCUGAAGGGGAUGAUGAUGAACUAAAGGAUGGAGACCGAUAUGGAGUAUCUUCUGCAUUUGCCAUGGAGAAGAAGCGAAAAAAGCCAUCAGUUAAUAAGAAGUUCAAGAAGGGUAAAAAGGGUGUUGAUGUGAAUGCUUUGGAUAGAAAUUGUGGUACAUUAGCAAAGGUUACAUGGUCUAGGGUUGUUUUGGAUGAAUCUCAAACGAUAAAAAAUCACAGAACUCAAGUAGCUAGAGCCUGCUGUAGCCUUAGAGCAAAACGAAGAUGGUGCCUAUCUGGAACUCCAAUACAGAAUUCUAUAGAUGAGUUAUUCAGCUACUUCAGAUUUUUGAGAUAUGAUCCAUAUAAUGACUACAAAACCUUUGGUUCUUCGAUCAAGGGUCCUAUAGCUAGAGACUCAGUUAAAGGUUACCAGAAGCUUCAACUUGUCUUAAAGAAUAUCAUGUUGCGCCGGACGAAAGGUGACAAAAUUGAUGAUAAGCCUAUAAUCAACCUACCUCCCAAAAAGGUACACUUAACAAGGGUGGAAUUUUCCUUGGAAGAACGGGCUUUUUAUGAGAAACUUGAGUUUGACUCACGCAAGCAAUUCAAGGCUUAUGCUGCUGCUGGUACUGUCAGUCAGAAUUAUGCAAAUAUCCUAUUGAUGCUUUUGCGUCUGCGCCAAGCUUGUGAUCACCCAUUACUUGUCAAAGGGCUCAGCUCAGAUCCUGUUGGAAAGGAUUCCUCUGAGAUGGCCAAGAUGCUUCCCAGAGAGCUGCUAGUUAAUUUAUUGAAACAAUUGGAAACUUCACUGGCCAUAUGUCUUGUAUGCCGAGAUCCUCCUGAAAAUGCAGUGGUCACAAUGUGUGGACACGUUUUCUGUUUUCAAUGUGUUUCAGAUCAUUUAACUGGCGAAGACAAUACAUGUCCUGCCCAUCAAUGUAAAGAACAACUUGGUGCCGAUGUUGUAUUUUCAAGAGCUACCUUAAGGAGAUGCCUGUGUGUUGAUGUGGAUGAUGAUAGCCCUGUCCCAUACGAACUGCGUGAUGAAUCUGCAGUUCUACAGAGAAACUACGUAUCAUCAAAGAUAAAGUCCGCUCUUGAAAUUCUGAAGUCGUGUACAUCAAAAAGUCGGAGUUCAGAGUCCCAUGAUUUGGGCAUGUUCGAUGCGUCAUCAUCAGCUGGUCGUGAGUUUGAGCCAGCCAGUAUAGCACCUGAAAAGGCUAUUAUUUUUUCACAAUGGACUAGCAUGCUAGACUUAGUUGAGAUGUCACUGAAGAAUAACCAUAUCAGUUAUCGGAGGCUUGAUGGUACUAUGUCAAUAGUUGCACGAGACAAGGCUGUUAAAGAUUUCAACUCUGAUCCUGAGGUGGAUGUCAUGUUAAUGUCUCUAAAAGCUGGGAAUCUAGGGCUUAACAUGGUUGCUGCGUGCCGUGUAAUCCUUUUGGAUCUUUGGUGGAAUCCGACAACAGAGGAUCAGGCUGUUGAUAGAGCUCACAGAAUAGGUCAGACACGUACGGUUACUGUAUCACGUUUAACAGUCAAGGAUACAGUUGAGGAUCGCAUCUUGAGUCUUCAGGAGGACAAGAGAAAAAUGGUGUCAUCGGCAUUUGGGGAAGAUCAAAGUGGCAGCCACGGCACUCGCCUCUCAGCGGAAGACCUGAGAUUUUUGUUUAUGGGAACAGGGCGUUGAACAACUUGUUUUGCUUUUUUGUUGCCUGCAAUGCAAUGGGCAAUUUUUGUAUCUAUAUUGCACCCAAAUGCUUGCUUGUACAUAUUCAAGUGGGAAAUGUAUAUGCUGCAAACAGUUGUAGGGCUGAUGGAUGAUUCUUGACUUAAAACUAGGAUAUACUUCUAAUUUAAACAUCAUCUUCUUGUCUA